ACUGCUGCCCGCAUCGCGUCGCAAACUCCCACAUUGAAGCUUAGACAUGGGCACACGUGAUUGGGCGAGAAUCAUUUUGAGCUAAGGAAAUAUUUGGACCUCGACAUCGGACGACAACUGCCACCUCCACCUCCGUCAAUUGCCCUGCUCUCAUUCUGCUUGAUACCAUAAUGUCGGCCUUUUCAAGAGUGUUCCUGCGCACAUCACGCAGUGCUCUCCAGUACCAGCGGGGCGUCAACCCAGUCCAGAAUGCUCUCGGUCUGCAGGGCACCAGCAGAUAUGUGACCGGCGUCAGGAACUAUGCGGCCUUCACCCGUGACAAGCCCCACGUCAACGUCGGAACUAUUGGCCACGUCGAUCACGGAAAGACCACCCUCACAGCCGCCAUCACCAAGCGACAGGCCGAGAAGGGCUACGCAAAGUUCCUCGAGUAUGGCUCCAUCGACAAGGCCCCCGAGGAGCGCAAGCGUGGUAUCACCAUCGCGACCGCCCACAUUGAGUACUCGACCGACAACCGCCACUACGCCCACGUCGACUGCCCUGGUCACGCCGAUUACAUCAAGAACAUGAUCACGGGUGCGGCCAACAUGGACGGUGCCAUCAUUGUCGUGGCUGCUUCGGAUGGUCAGAUGCCCCAGACUCGUGAGCAUUUGCUGCUCGCCCGCCAGGUCGGUGUCCAGAAGAUUGUCGUCUUCGUCAACAAGGUCGACGCUCUUGAGGACCCAGAGAUGUUGGAGCUUGUCGAGAUGGAGAUGCGCGAGCUGCUCAGCAGCUACGGAUUCGAGGGCGACGAGACACCCAUUAUCAUGGGCUCUGCCCUGUGCGCCCUCGAGGGUCGCCGACCAGAGCUUGGCGAGCAGAAGAUCGAUGAGCUUCUCGAGGCCGUCGACACCUGGAUCCCUACCCCCAUCCGUGAAACCGAGAAGCCUUUCCUCAUGGCCAUUGAGGAUGUCUUCUCCAUCGCUGGACGUGGUACCGUUGUUUCUGGCCGUGUCGAGCGUGGUAUCCUGAGGAAGGAUUCUGAAGUCGAGCUCGUCGGCAAGGGCACUACGCCCAUCAAGACAAAGGUCACCGACAUCGAGACCUUCAAGAAGUCCUGCGACGAGUCCCGCGCAGGCGACAACUCCGGUCUUCUUCUCCGUGGUGUCAAGCGUGAGGACGUCAGGCGUGGCAUGGUCGUCUCCGUUCCCGGCAAGGUCAAGGCGCACAGGAAGUUCCUCGUCUCCAUGUAUGUCCUGAGCAAGGACGAGGGCGGUCGCCACACAGGUUUCGGCGAGAACUACAGGCCACAGAUGUUCAUCCGCACAGCCGACGAGUCGUGCGCGCUCACCUGGCCUGAGGGUGUUGAGAAGGACAAGCAGAUCAUGCCCGGCGACAACGUUGAGAUGGUCUGCGAGUUGCACCAGCCGCACGUUCUCGAGACAGGGCAGCGCUUCAACAUGCGUGAGGGUGGCCGCACAGUUGCUACCGGUUUGGUAACACGUGUGCUCGAGUAAGUCUGAUACCCGGCAUGGACAUGUGCGCAUCGACGAAUUUUUGAUUGGAAGACCUGGGAGGCUUCCCUGUACCAUAUUUGUGUUGGACAUGUAUCAUCUCCUGCUCUCCGCUUCACGAAUGUCGUUCAUCAUGUACUUUAGCACGGCAGGCAUUAGACGGGCGGCGUUCAGCGUCUGGCGAGG